GUCCCUCGGACACAGCGGAUCACCGAUCACGGAAAGAGCCAAAGAUAUCGGCUCGGUCAUGUGAUCAGCUGUGUCCAAUCACAGCUGAUCACAUGGGACAUGUACACUGAUCAUCAGGGCACUGAUGAUCAGUGUGCCCUGAUGAUCAGUGUAGCCCCAGCAGUGCUACCUGUCAAAGUCCAUCAGUGCCAGCUGUCAGUGCCGAUCAGUGCCACGUGUCAAUGCCUAUCAGUGCCACAUCAAUGCCACAUUUCAGUGCCCAUCAGUGCCACAUCAAUGCCACAUAUCAGUGCAUACCAGUGCACAUCAAUGCCACAUAUCAGUGCCCAUCUGAGCUGCCUUUCAGUGUCAUCCAUCAGUGCCAGUCAGUGCCACCUAUCAAUG